AUGAGUCAAACCAGUUACGUUCCAAAUGCAAUCAAAACUCGCUCUGGUACACUCCAACCCCAAAAACCAAUACACCAACCCCCACACACAACCCCCCACCCCCCAACACCCCACCACCAACCACCAAACCCCCCAAACACACCACACCCCACACAACCACCCACCACACCACACCCCACCAACCCCCCCCACCCAAAAACAACACACACCACCCACAAAAUCAAACCACCCAAUACCCCCACCACACACCCACACCCCACCCCACCACAACACCCCAACCCACACCCCACACCCAAACACCCAACAAAACCCACACCACACCCCCCAAACCCCCCACCCCACCCCCACCCCCAACAACAAACCCCCACACCACCAACCCCCACCACCACCCCACCACACCAACCACCCCCCCCACACCCCAACACCCACCCCCAAAAAACAAACACCCCCAAAAACCACACCAACACCCCCCCACCAACCCCCCCAACCCCACCAAACCCCCCAACAACACACCCACCCACCCCAACCCCACCAACACCACCAACAACCACCCACCCCAACACAAACCACAAACACCCCAAACCCCACCAACACCCAACCCACCCACCACAACAACCCCCACAACCCCACCAACACCCACCCAACCCAACACACCCACCACCCAACACCCCCCACCACCAACCCCACACCACACACCCAACCCCACCAAAAACCCACCACCAAACCACACCCCACCACAACCCCACCAACCCCCCACCCCCCCCCAACCCAAACAACCACACACCCCCACACAACCCAAACCCCAACACCCCAAAAAAACAACCCCCCCCCAAACCCCCCCCCCACCCCACCCCCACCAAAACACCCCCCAAAUAA